AUGGCAAGUUUGGUAAACGACAUACUAGCACGUCAUGACGAAGCCAAUUAUCCCUGUGGUAACUUUUCUGACACUUACCAAAAACUAUCUGAAUCAAAAGGAUCGAUAGGCCUAGCUUUCGCAGUUUUUACUCGUACUGGUGGUCUAGAUCAGCGAGCUUAUUUUGCACUGAGCCAGCCUGAGGGCCUACAUCACGAUUUGGCAGAUGUAAUUCCCCGUUGA